CGUCUCUUUUUCAUUCAGCCGCCCUCCCCAUUCCCCAUUUCCCCUCAAUCCUUUUCCUUUUCCUUCUCUCAUCCUCUCUUUUCAGUCGCCCCAUCCCCUCUUUCCCUCUUCACUCAUUCCUUAUCUAUUUCUUUAGCCACCAUCUACAUCUCUUAGAUGAGAAGCCAUUGGAUUUUUGCUUGAAUUUAGUUUGUUGGGUUUGUAUUUCUAGUUUGUUCUUUGUUUCUUUUCUCUGGAUCAAUUUCCUUUUUUCUUUUUCUUUUUUCUUUGUUUGCCUUCUUAGAAAAUAGAUGUGAUAAGGAAACCCUCUUUUUGCUUGGAUUUAGUUUGCUGGGUUUUUAUUUCUAGUAACCUUUUCCCGUGGCCUCGAUAUAUGUUUGUGUGCGAAUUCCUCCACACCAUAGGCCCUAACUGAAAAAAAAAAAAAAAAAAAAAAUGGCCAGAGAUCAUCUCCACGUAGUUAUGCUGCCUUGGUCAGCCUUUGGCCAUCUUAUACCGUUUUUUCAGCUCUCCAUUGCCUUAGCUAAAUCCGGAAUUCACGUUUCCUUUGUAUCAACCCCAAGAAACAUCCAAAGACUCCCCAAAGUUCCUCCAAGUUUGGCAACUCUCAUAACUCUGGUGGAGUUUCCAUUGCCCAAACUAGACAAUGAUCUCUUGCCCGAAGGUUCUGAGGCCACUGUAGACGUUCCAGUUGACAAAGUUGAGUACUUAAAGCUUGCAUAUGAUCGCCUCCAAUGCCCUGUUAACCAGUUCGUCGCUGAGCAAUUACCGGACUGGAUUAUAGCUGAUUUUUCUGCUCAUUGGGCUGUUGAAAUUUCCCAAAAUCAUAAUGUCGGGUUGGUGUACUUCUCUGUCUUCUCUGCUGCUACCAUUGUUUUCUUUGGGAAGCCACCAAAUUAUUUUUACGUAGGUGACCAAAAGCAAGCUUGGCCAUCACCAGAGAGUCUUACAACUCCGCCAGAGUGGCUUAGUUUUCCGUCCUCUGUUGCAUUCCGAGGGUAUGAAGCGGUUGGGUUUCAUGUGGGUCUAUAUACAGAAAAUGUUUCGGGGAUAAGUGAUGCUGCGAGGGUGACGAAAGUUCUCCGUGCAUGUAAAGCAGUGGCUAUUCGUAGUUGCAGGGAGUUUGAAGGUGAGUUCUUGAGUUUACACGAAAAAUUGAUGGGAAAGCCUGUGAUUCCCAUAGGUUUACUUCCUCCAGAAAGACAUGUAAAGACCGAAGCGAAUGAUAGCUCAUGGAAAAUGAUAUUUGAAUGGCUUGAUAAACAAGAACCCAAGUCAGUUUUGUUUGUAGGGUUUGGCAGUGAGUGUCAGCUGAGCAAAGAACAGGUUUAUGAGAUUGCUUAUGGACUACAGCUUUCUCAAGUGCCAUUUUUGUGGGCGUUGAGGAAACCUAUUUGGGCUAUUGACGAUGAAGACUCUUUGCCAUCGGGUUUUAUUGACAACACGUCUGGCAGAGGAAUGGUAUGUAUGGGAUGGGUGCCUCAGAAGGAAAUUCUAGCGCACCCAUCAAUUGGGGGAUCAUUGUUCCACUCUGGGUGGGGAUCUGCAAUUGAGAUGUUACAAUUUGGUCAUUGCCUUGUUGUGUUGCCAUUUAUCUAUGACCAGCCUGUGAAUGCAAGGGUUUUGGUAGAAAAGGAUCUAGCUGUAGAAGUUGAACGAGAAGAGGACGGAUCGUUUAGCAGGGAUGGGAUAGCCAAGGCUGUGAGACUGGCCAUGGUGUUAGAAGAAGGAGAUAAAUUAAGAGUUCGUGCAAGAGAUGCCGCUGCGAUAUUUGGAGAUGAGAAUUUGCAUCAAGUAUACUACAUUGGUCACUUUGUUGAGUAUUUAAAUCUUGGGGACAGUGACAAAAUAUGAGUGAUUAUGGAUUACCACAUUCAUGGAAAGGAGGAGGUUUUUUUUUUUUUUUUUUUUUUUGGGAAUAAAAAAUGAGGUCUUCAAUGAGGACUUAUCAGUCUCAUGCCACAUGACAGUAUUAGAAAUACCACGUGUAUAGCCAAAGUCUUGAUGAAGUUAUCGUUAUGUAUGCAACACAUUCAUUAAAACGCAACCAUUCGAACCACACAACUCUUGUCAAAGUAGCAUGUGAAGUCUUAUCACCAAGUCACAUCUAUGGUGGAGUGUUAUUCUUGUUUAUUUGGAGGGUGGAGUGUUUUACCAAAUUGAUGUUCUAGAUUUGGUAAAAUAUUAUCCGUCUAGAUCGAAACGAAACCUUGGCAGUUUCCAUUGUCAAUCAUGUCCAGUUCUGCAAUUUGAGAUUUAUGUAUUGAUUUCAAAUUUUUCAUGUUUUUUUUAAAUGUUGUUGUACUACUCUUCCAAUAGUCAUGACUGCUUACAAUUGUAAUAGUGCUAAGAGGGAUUUGGUGUUU